AUGGAAUCAUCCAAGCGCGUGGUAGAUGCUAAGGCGCCAUCAGUUGAAUUGAAGCGCCUAGCGAAAUUCUACGCACCUGACCGACCGCCACGCAAGCGUCUUCGCACAUUACUAGACUUCCUUAAGCAUCCACCGGGUGCAGACGGCGCGUCCAGCGGCAACAUUGCGGUAGCUGUUCAGUCGUUACUCUCAGGGACGUCUAAAGACACAGCGAACAACGGCAGUGGACCUGAACAUGCGGCUGCAGUGGCUGAAUUUUGGGCCGAAGGAAACAACUCAGUGAUCGUGUUUAACGUCGUCAGCGACUGCGUUUUAGAGCUUGAGACGCUGUAUGCGCCACAUGAGACAGCAUUUCGAAAGCAGCGUCGAAAGCCACUUGAAGCAGAAGACUGGAGCGAAGUAUUUGAAGGAUUAGAAGUCGUCUUACGGAAUAACUCUGCUCGAUUGCGGGAAGGUUGGAAUAAUAAUGGUCUGACGAUGCUUUUUGCAAAGUUGCUGAAGCGAGACAACCACGCAAUGAUAAAAAAAUAUGCAUUUCGCUGUCUUGCCUUGUAUACAGACGCAACUCGAAGUAUUCAGCAACUCGCAGCGAUGCCGUCGACUAGUACGUCGAGUUUUCAAGCGUCUCGAGCUGGAAGUAUUCGACUUAUGAGUGACGGUAUUGAAAUCGAUAUUGAUGAAACAGAAGACGAACGAAGUGCCGCUUUAUUGACAAACACGCGAAAAAAUAUGCACUUAGAAUUGUUACGAGAAAGUGUUGACUUUUCGCCUUAUGGAGGAGGCAGUAUCAUGUUACCAGACAAAUUUUUGAACGAGGGGGUACAUGUGGAAGGAUGGAUGCGUCCAAUGCCAACACAAGCGGAAGAACCGGUGGAUAUGCUCAAGUUUCUCAUGGAUCUAAGCUUGGAAAGAGAGGAUGUACACACGAAACUUACGGCCACAGGAAAAUCAAGUGGAGCCAGUGAUCGAUUUAUAUUCUGGGCAGAAUUGAUUAUGAAAUUCUAUAUGCCAUUAUUGUACCCAAAAGUAUGUUUGAAGAUGAAGCUAAAAGAAGAAGGAGACAAUUUGGGCUUCUUUCAUCACUGUCCGGGAAGUUUUCAGCGUGUUGUAGCACGGUGGGUCUACAAAUUGCGCUCAAAAGAAGAUUUUAUGGAAGUUUUAUGGUCCAGACGAGAGUUUUCCGAAGUAGUGAUGGAAACAAUUCGACAACGAUUCGCUUAUCGCGACACAGAACUUGUUGUGGAUGCCAUCAAAUUUUAUUCGGGGUUAUGCACGAAUGCACAGUACGUUCCGACGGGCAUGAAGUCGCAAAUGAAUGAAUGCUUACGUGCAAUGAUUUCGCAUGUCUCUCAGCUAUUCCAUCCAUCCGUGCAACUGGAGGAUUCCAAAAUUUUGCUGCAUUGUAUCGAGUUGUUGGAACUCAUUUCUCAGCGACGACUCGAUGACUAUACCUCGACAUAUUUGCGAAAGUUUGUGCUUUCCACUAUUGAAAAUUGUGUUCUUCUUCGUGAGCCAGCGAAUCGCCCUAUACUAGCGGCAAUGUUAUCGAUUGUUUUGCAUGUGUGGAUGCACUCGGCGGUGGUAUCUAAGUCUGUUGGAGCGCAGGUCUGGAUGGAACUGACCAUCGCGUUGCGACGGUGGUUGGUGAAUCCUGCGGACUCCAAGACUGUUGGUGUAGAAGUCAUUAACUGCUGGAAGCGUGAACUACGAUUUUGUAGCUGCUUACUCAUGUACGUGAUGGACAAGGGAUAUUCGUACUUGAAAGUAACUCCAGAUGGAGCAAAGCUUUUGCCACAGGACGGAAAAGAUGAGAAAAUGUCAGCGAAUGGCAAAACCCUCCGUGAAUUAAAACAGGGGUACCUUCAAUCAUCCGCUAACUUUCUUAUGAUGACAGUGGUGGAUGUAUCGGAUGCCACACUGCUGCUAGAUCGUGUGUUACAUUUAAUCUCGCCUCCCACCCUCUCAGCUCUAACGCCAUUGAUGCAUUUGACUUUGACGGAAGGUAUGCUGCAGCUUGUAGAGCUCUGGAUUGAAUCGGCUAUCGGUGCUCAGCGUAAUCACCCAUCUGAGCUACAGCAGAUUAGUCCGUCGACGGUCUUAGCGUUGUUUGGCGAAUGGAUCUUGCCUGCGUGUGAACUGGAAGCAACGGACUUUCAGAGUUCACGCUGUACUGCUAUUGUAGCAUUGUGUAAACUUUGCUCCGUUCGAUGCAUGAAUACAAUCACUCGCAGUCAUCUUACCAUUGUUGCUCGUGUGUUGUUUAAGGGAAUCACCUCUCCGUCCGGCGUGGUGGUUUCCACUGUACUGCAACGAUCCUCUGGGUUGUUCUCUAUGAAUUUGGAGGGACUGAACAUUCUUGUACCCGCAUAUUUAUACGCGGUGGAUGAAAUUAUUAUUAAAAAUAUCUGGAACCGAGCGGAAACAUCCAAUGCGAAAUCUUCUGAGUGGAAUAAUGAACUGAAUGCUGCACUUGACGUUGUGUUUGCAAUUAUUGAAUUGCCCAAGCGGUUUCCACACCAAGAUUUCGUGCGCUGGAAACAAAAGAUUAUGGGUGUUUGCAGCGUAGACGAGCUACCAUUGAUGCAAGAUAUUAUUGGCGAGAUUCCAGAGACCCUGGAUGAUUUCCACGUGAUUGUUGGCCGCAUUCUGUUGCGAAUCGCGCAGCUUCCAUUCACUGACGUUGUGGAUAUAAAAAAACGCGCAUUAUGGGGAUUGUACUGUCUCGUAGUAAUGAAUCUUAAGUCGGAGAACACUGGAGAACACGUUGUGGAUCCGAUUCACUUGGCUGAAUGGGUGGUGCAUCUUGUAGAUGUUUGUCAAAAUGCAGACUUUUCUAUAUCUAUGGUUGCACUGACUAUUUUACAAGAUAUGUCAGAUUAUCAUGAAGAAGUCAACGCAUUUGAACCUUCUCUUGUCGCUCGAAUUGUUAUGACGCUCGCUGUCUUUGCACAACAGCAAUUGGAAGAAGCUUCGAUUGAAGUGCAGGCUGCUAUGGAACGGAUGAAUACAAUGGAUGCGUCAACUGAAGGCAGCGGCUCUAACUCGAAGUCGCCUUCUCUGAUUGGAACCGGCCUCUCGAAUAGCUCGUACCAUUCGAGUAAUUCAGGAGCACGCCGCGGAAGUGACCAUGGAAGAGGAAGUCGAGUUGAGAGCUCGGCUAGUCACUCCGGUGAAACAACGGAUGCGUUCAGUAAACUUAAGAACAAACUCAAGCCAACCACGCCUGUCACGCCUUUGACUACUCCUUCAGGCUCUACGAAAAGCCCGAUCAACCCAUCACUCAACUCUGUUUCUACCCAGCGAGAACAAGAGAUCCCAGCGCUGCGUUUAAUUGUUCAAAAGACAAGUGCUAUCUUUGAAUGUUUGCGCUUUUGGAUCAUGCAUCGCACCGAUAUCUUGCAAGAUGCGGAUGUGAAGAAGCUUAUAUUCAGUGCAAUUGAAGCCGCAUUGGUAGGGACGUUGCCAGAUGGAGAUUGGCAGCGGGAGGUGGAACGUGCGCGUACUUUGGAACGGCGCAUGUCGAUGCCACUAUUGUUCUUAGGACUGCAAAUGCGCUCCUCCCUGGAUAAAGAAACCGGUCAUGUCUGGCUAAAAAGUUUUGAAGAAACGGCUGUUGCGGCUGAGGGACUGCUCAUGCACUUGCUGCAUCAUAUUAACGGCUUUCCAUCCCCCGCUGGCGUCGAUCAGAUGGUAUCAGAUUGCUCUGGAUUUAAUGAACUAGACGAUGCACGGGAAAAAGGAGAAAAGGACUCGCCUCCUUCGGUCUUAAACUUUGUGUUUAUGGACUCGCUCGUUUUUAGUGUUAUCGGUAGCUUGGAUUCUCCCUGUGCACGGUUCAUCGUACGAGAUAUGACGGGUCUAUUCACAUGGGAAAUCGCACCGGCCGUGCUAAAUCGUGGUGCUCACGCGCUCAUAAGUACAAGUCAAGACGUCGAGAGAAUUUAUGACGCUAAGGGUGACAAUAGCUCUUUGGAAAGAGAGCUGACACUUCAGAUGGAUUCAAAUUCGCAAACAUUGGCGCUUCAUCGACCUAAUGGUGCUGUGCAGGUUGACUUCAAACACAUUGACGAAGGUGGAGGUUUUUGCAAAUCUUGUGGUGGUGAGAAGCCUCGCGUAAAGGCCGCGCCAUCAGACGCAAAGACUGAACGAAAUUCUGGUAUUAAGCUCGAGGCUCGUCAAGUUACUUGGGAAUACGAACAAGCCGUUCUUGCCAAUAACCUUUGUUUGAGUAAGAGCAACUACGUAUUCCAUGAUGAUAGCUCUGCCUCGUCGGCUAAAGAAAGUGGAGAUAUAAAGAAGAAAGACAAGACGCGAAGCUCUGAGAUUGAAAAAAUGCCUGGAGGUGGAAAUAAGGACGAACGUUAUGAACGUCUCGAACGAACUGCCAAACAAAACGAAGAGCGCAAUCAAACUGGUGCAGCUGCUUUAAACACUGUUGAGCCACAAAAAGUGAUUUGCCAUUGUCCACCUCCGACCGAAUCGAAGUUUAAGCGACGUACAACAACAACCAUCUGUGGUCUCUUUGAUAUGUCGAUCAAUGAGCCGAAUGUUGGCAACUUGGAUGAUGAGCGCUGUUUGUUGGACCUUGUACUCGACAGUAUUCCGAUGAUAUUUCGCGAUUGUGGCGGGGACACGACUGACAAGACGCUCUUGGGUGGUCGGUAUGCAAUGAUGCGGUACAAUUUGAUGGACAUGACACCCUCAAAAAAUCCGCUCUCAGUGGACUCAGCCGAAGCGUCGGGGUUUUCAUUUUUGCAACGUCUGAUACAUGAUGAAGAAUGCUACUCGCAACUCAAGACUUUUCUGAGCAAAGAUGAUCAUCCGGAAGCCAAGGAACUAGUAGAUUUUUGUGAUGCCGUGAAGAAAUAUGAGCGCACUUCUGUACCAACGGAUCGCUUGAGCCAAGCUAGUGUAAUCUUUUGGGAGUUUUUGACUGUCGAAGGUGGCAAGAAACUUAUUUAUCCAUCGACGGUCGUCUCGGAUAUUCAAAUCCAAAUUCACAAGGCUCAAUCUGCAUUGCGAGUGGCAAUGGCGAACCCCUUGGAGGAUUCAAAGAAGCCUGUAUUCUGUCUUCCAGGCGCACUUUUUCACAAUGCAAUGGUGUAUGCUGAACACGAAGUAUUUAGCAAGUCUGGAUUGAUGGACAAAUACAUUGCAUCGAUGGAUCAACCACUAGCGACAUCAACAACAGGUUCUUCUGGCAGCAAAACCAAUACUAGUUCAGUGUCGAUUCCACCGCAGCUUGCGCUCUUUGACUCAUUUUCAAUCAUGGAACUGAAUGCACGAGUGUUGCAUCUGGCGCUACAUAAGCGGAACUCGGACAAACAGCUCGUACAAAUGACAAAAGCUGGCGUUACCGGCGUGCGUCGUUCAAAUCAAGUAUCGUCUGGUAGCUCCAAAGACAUCCGUGCGGGUGCACUUGAUAUCUGUCGUCUCUUUCUGUCUCAAACUGGAUUACUACCAUCACUUCGUGGUGACACGACAAAGAAAUCGGCUUUAAAGCUAUUGGAUCACGGACCGAAGUUGGAAAGGUCGCUUAAGCAUCUAGAUAAAAGUCCAACGCGAGAAACAAUGAAAAUUGGGGUGAUUUACGUGGGAAAAACACAGCACACACAACAGGAUAUUCUUCAUAACGAAAAAGGUAGUCGAGCGUAUGAACUAUUCUUGUCGCAACUUGGCUGGCAGGUGGACAUGCAGACGCACCGUGGCUUUGUUGGUGGCUUGGACACUAACCCUAAAAGCCUUUCGAAUGGCAGAUCGACACUUUAUUACGCAAGUUCUCAUAGUGAAGUAAUCUAUCACGUCGUGACUAUGAUGCCUACAAAGCCAUCCGAUCCCCAGCAAAUUGAUAAGAAAAGACACGUGGGCAAUGACUAUGUGCAUAUCGUCUGGAGUGACAAUGUUACACAAAACUACGAUCCAUCGACGAUAACUAGUCACUUUAAUGAUGUGCAGAUCGUGAUUUAUCCUUUGCGUAAGGCACAGCGAGGUUUAUUUUUAAUCAAAAUUCAUACGAAAGACAAGGUUCCUCCGUUUGGUCCUUUGCAGUCUGGCAUGGUAAUUCACCAAAUGGACUUAGCUCGUCUAGUGCGCCAGACAGCUAUGAAUGCAAAUCGAGUCUGUCGCUCUCAGACCAUGUUGUAUGUACGACCGUAUCCGACUCGAAAAAAGUUGGUGGACGAGAUUGUUGAACGAUAUGCCGUGGAGUAUAAGGAGAGUCAAUUGCUCACAAUGUUGUUUGGUAAUUCUGCAUCAGGGUCGACAUCGGUAUCAGUACCAUCCACUGGUGACUAA